CGCCCCGCUGCAGAACCAGAACCAGAACCGAGCAGAGUCCAGCAUGAACGAGGCGGCGGGUCUCCGGUUCCGGAGGCUGCACAAACCGACGGUCAUCACCGACGAACUGCCGGAGCUCCGGUACAAGGGGGCCGGGACCUACAGUGGGAAGGUAUUCCAGGUGACGCUGGUGUCUCUGGGAGGAUUCCUGCUGCUUCCUCUCCUCAUCAUCAUCCUCAUCCUCGAGUCUCCGAUUCAACCCGACGUCUUCAGUCUGAAGGAGCCCCCCCUGAUGAAGGGCUGCUGGGAGCCCAACCUGAAGCUCCGAGAAGCUCAGAGGAUCUUUGAGGAUCAGAUCAUUGGACCAGAAUCCAUCACCAACAUCGGAGAUGUUUUCUUCUCUGGAACAGCUGACGGCAAAAUCGUGAAGCUGAUUGGACGAAGAAUCCACACAGUGACGAGACUGGGGAAGCUGCCGUGUGGUUCCAGAGAGGAGGAGUCCAGCUGUGGUCGGCCGCUGGGCCUCAGGGUCGGACCCAACGAGACUCUGUUUGUAGCCGACGCCUACCUGGGCGUGUUUCAGGUCAACCCCACCACAGGUGAGGCGACCCGAUUGGUUGCUGGCGGUCAGGUGGUUGCCGGGCGGCGGCUGUCGUUCAUUAAUGACGUGGCAGUGACGCAGGACGGAAAGAAGCUGUAUUUCACUGACUCCAGCAGCAGGUGGCAGCGCAGAGACUACCUGAACCUCAUCAUGGAGGCCACCGCUGACGGCAGAGUCCUGGAGUUGGACAUGGAGACCAGAGACGUGACCGUCGUCAUGGAGAACCUGCGAUUCCCAAACGGCAUCCAGCUGCUGCCGGACGAAGAGUCGGUUCUGGUGGCAGAGACCACCAUGGCCCGCAUCCGCAGGGUCCAUGUCGCUGGUCUAAAUAAAGGUGGGAUGGAUACCUUCAUGGACAACCUGCCCGGUUUCCCCGACAACAUCCGUCCCAGCUCCAGCGGAGGCUACUGGGUGGCCAUGUCCUCCGUGAGGCCCAACCCCGGCUUCUCCAUGCUGGACUUCCUGUCCCAGAGACCCUGGAUCAAGAAGCUCAUCUUCAAGCUCUUCAGUCAGGAGGUUCUCAUGAAGUUCGUUCCUCGCUACAGUCUGGUGGCGGAGCUCCACGAUGGAGGCGUCUGCACCCGGAGCUUCCACGACCCCAACGGCCUGGUGGCGGCAUACGUCAGCGAGGUUCACGAGCACGACGGGAACCUGUACCUAGGGUCCUUCCGCUCGCCGUACGUCGCCAAGCUGAAGAUAUAGAAGACCAAGGAGGUGGCUGGUCCACCUGAUGGACAUCAUGAACCUGCUGGUCCCUGUAGGGCCCCCUGCAGGACGUCUGAAACAUGGAACAAACUCUGAGGAUCAGAAACAUUCAGUGAUCAGAUGUCCUCACAUUUCUAAACUUUAUACGUGUUCUGCCUGAAACCCAGCGAUGGACGGAGUUUAAAGUUUGUGUAGGACUGAGUUCAAUCUAAAGUUUGAUCGACUGAGUUUAAUCUAUAGUUUGAUCGACUGAGUUUAAUCUAAAGUUUGAUCGACUGAGUUUAAUCUAGGGUUUGUUUUAAUUUGAAGCUUCUUCUUGUUGAGUGAAAAUGUUCCUGUCAGCUUUAGGAGAACGUCUCGUGGUGUUUGGUUCUCUGAAGGUUUCCAUCGACGCUCCGUGUCACUAAAGGUCGCUUGCUACUUAGCGCGGGCUAAUUAGCUCAUAGACUCGCAAACCCGCUUCCUGUUAGUGGGUUAGCUUGUUAACUCUGUGAGUAUAGCACCUAAUAGUCGACUAGCUAGCCUGUUAGCCUGCUUUUGUUUUCCUGUUCUCGUUGGCUAACCGGUGACCUCACAGUGUUCUUAGAGCUAACACUAACAUGCUAGCUGAUCUGUAGAUAAAAGUGUUUCCGUUUUAUUUCUAACUACUGAAAAUGUGUGAAAACUUCCUGCUGAUGACUUUGAUCUUCAUUUUAGUAAACCCAGAAACUCAUCCGUUAAAGUUCAGACAGUUUGUUUGUUUGUUAGCGUGACAUCAGAAACCGGUUGUUGCGGCGUUAGCAUGUUAGCAGCUGGUGGUGAUUUAACAACAAUUUGUUCUUUUCUGACUCAGAUGUUUGAUUUCUGACCAACAGUAGAACUCUGGAGUUAGUGAAGGUACCUGCACAGGUGUUCAUGCCGCUGCUAACUGCUAGCUAACCGCUGCUAACAGUGGAUCAUUCCUCCUCCAGUAACUGCAGCUGAAUGUGGCUGGAUGCAGUUGAAUGCAGCUUUUUCACAGGAAUUCUGACUUAUGGUGAAAAUCAGCUUUUGUCGAUUUUCACCAUAAGUCAGAACUCCUGCAUUUAGCUGCAUUUAGUUGCAUUUAGCUGCAUUUAGUUGCAUUUAGCUGCAUUCAGCUGCAUUUAGUUGCAGCAGAUCUACCCAAAGUUCAUCCAACAUGCGGAGUAAAGUGAGAGCGUUGCUGUUUCUGGAAUGUCCUGAGGGUUUAUAGUUUUGUCUGGAGGUCAUUAAUCAUCACAUUAGUCUCUGUCAUGGUGCCCGACAAACUCCCAUAAUGCUCUCUGCUACACAGAAACCUCCUCAAAUCCACAUUUAAAGAACCGAGCUAACAGACGCUUGAACAUUCAGAGCUGCUGAAGGUUCCUGAAGAUUUCUGAAGGUUGGAAUCAUCCACUGAAGCUCCGAUGGUGUUUCUGGUCUUUUAUCUAUUUUAAGGGCAUGUUUUGUCUCCCGUCGCCUAGCAACACCAAAGAGGACUGAUUGGUUGUGGUCCAGUCAGACGGUUUAAACAGGGUCCCUUCAUCUGAAGAUCUCAUGGUUCUACACCUGAAAACCAGAAACAAACCAGUGAAAUAUUUCAGGUUUAAACAGAGACAGAACAGAAGAAACGUCCAUCCUUAGUUCAGCUUCUUCAGCUCUUCUUCGGGGAUCUCUGCCUCUAAUCCAGGUCCAUCUCUGAUCUCCACCUUGAGCAGAGCUCCUCCAUCUACCAGUGUGAAAGUCCAGCAGAAACAAACCUUUAAAACCUCUCAUCUGAGGAACUGAAGAUCUCUGAAGGGUUCCUGCAGAACGUCGUUGAGUACCUGAGUCAAACUGGAACAGAUUUAAAUGAAACUGAAACAGAUUUAGAUGAAACUAUAACAGAUUCAAAUGAAACUAAAACAGAUUUAAAUGAAACUAAAACAGACUGAAAUGAAACUAGAACAGAUCUAAAUGAAACUAGAACAGAUUUAAAUGAAACAAACAGAUUUAAACGAAACUGGAACACAUUUAAAUGAAACGAACAGAUUAAAACUAAAACAGAUUUAAAUGAGAAGCAGAUUUAAAUGAGACUAAAACAGAUUUAAAUGAGACUAAAACAGAUUUAAAUGAGACUAAAAUAGAUUUAAAUGAAACAAACAGAUUUAAAUGAGACUAAAAUAGAUUUAAAUGAAACUAAAACAGAUUUAAAUGAGACUAAAAUAGAUUUAAAUGAAACUAAAACAGAUUUAAAUGAGACUAAAACAGAUUUAAAUGAAACUGGAACAGAUUUAAAUGAGGCUAAAACAGAUUUAAGUGAGACUAGAACAGAUUUAAAUGAAAUUAAAACAGAUUUAAAUGAAACUGGAACACAUUAAUUUGAAACGAACACAUUUAAAUGAAACUGGAACAUAUUUAAAUGAAACUGGAAGAGAUUAAAACUAAAACAGGUUUAAAUUAAACUACAACAGACUUAAACGAAAGUCGAAGAGAUUUAAAUGAAACUAAAACAGAUUUAAGUGAGACUAAAACAUUUAAAUGAGACUAGAACAGAUUUAAAUGAAACUAAAACAUUGAAAUGAAACUAAAACAGAUUGAAAUGAAACAACCAGAUUUAAAUGAAACUAAAACAGAUAUCAAUGAAACUGGAACACAUUUAAAUGAAACUGGAACAGAUUAAAACUAAAAUAGAUUUUAAUGAAGCUAGAAGAGAUUUAAAUGAAACUAAAACAGAUUUAAAUGAGACUAGAACAGAUUUAAAUGAGAUUAGAACAGAUUUAAAUGAAACUGGAACAGAUUUAAAUGAAACUGGAACAGAUUUAAAUGAGACUAAAACAUUUAAAUGAGACUAGAACAGAUUUAAAUGAAACUAGAACAGAUUUAAAUGAAACUAAAACAGAUUGAAAUGAAACUAAAACAGACUGAAAUGAAACAAACAGAUUUAAAUGAAACUAAAACGUUUCAAUGAAACUGGAACACAUUUAAAUGAAACUGGCACAGAUUAAAACUAAACUAGAUUUUAAUGAGACUAGAACAGAUUUAAAUGAAACUAGAACAGAUUUAAAUGAAACUAAAACAGAUUGAAAUGAAACAACCAGAUUUAAAUGAAACUAAAACAGGUUUCAAUGAAACUGGAACACAUUUAAAUGAAACUGGAACAGAUUAAAACUAAAAUAGAUUUUAAUGAAACUAGAAGAUAUUUAAAUGAAACUAAAACAGAUUUAAAUGAGACUAGAACAGAUUUAAAUGAGACUAGAACAGAUUUAAAUGAAACUGGAACAGAUUUAAAUGAAACUGGAACAGAUUUAAAUGAGACUAGAACAGAUUUAAAUGAAACUAGAGGAGAUUUAAAUGAAGCUAAAACAGAUUUAAAUGAAACUAAAACAGAUUUAAAUGAAACUAAAUCAGAUUUAAAUGAAACUAGAAGAGACUUAAAUGAAACUAAAACAUAUUUAAAUGAAACUAAAACGUUAUAAAUGAAACUAGAACAGAUUUAAGUCAACUUUACUAGAUGUAAAUGAAGCAGCUGAUCAGUUUUACAGUUUGAAGCUUCAUCAGAUGUUUCAUUCAACUGAAGCUUUCUAAAAUAUUUCAGAACCAUCCCGGGUCAUUUCUGCUUUAGUCCUAGAACCUGUUAGUUUCUAGUCCAGGCUGAGUUUAUUCCAGGUUUAAAUGAGCUGCUGGUCAUUAGAGAUGUUUGAAUCCUCUGCUUUGUGUUCAGCUGGGGGGGUUUUUGCACUAAAACUGAUGAUUUCUAUUUCAAAUGUUUUCUGUUGAAUAAAAUCUGCUGAUUGGUCGGCGUUCCACCUG